AUGUCCCCGUUACACGAUUUGCCUAAUUUUCUCUGUCAUAUCCUGGACAGUGAGAGGGAAGAAUAUCGGGCUUCAGCUGCAGCAGUUAAAUCUCCACCUGGCAUACAUCUCAUUCUCAACUCCCUCUUAUGUGCUUCUCGACCUACAGUCACGGAAUGGGCAAUCAGCAUUUCCCAAGAUGUGCUAAGACAGGAAAUCAUCCGAGCAUCAGACAUUGAGUCAGGAUUACAUUUCAAUGCUUCACAUGCUUGCUCUGCCGACCUUGUGGGAUUUGAUCUUCGAGGGAUUGCGGAAAAGUUUGGAAAUGCUGCUCCGUUGACCUGGAACCUUGUCCAGAUACUGCUGGAUGCAAACUCAAGGCAGUUAAACAAAAUACCGAUGGGUAUUAGGAGUGGAAAUGGAGGGUCAGAUGAGGAGAAUGAUGAUGCCGUUGAUGCCGAAAAUGGUGCAUUGUUAUCUAUUAAAGGAUGCGUCAUUCUAUCAAUCCUCGCAAAUAGUACGAAUUCCCAGUGCAAUGCCUUCCAAGCUGUCCAAGGAUUCUUCUUAGAAUCAGUAAACACACCGGAGCGAGUCAUAAAUGUGCUUGCCCAUGGUGGAUGGAGUGUCUCUGUGAUGUCCGUGAUAAAUAUGGUGAAGUCGCUAACAGUUGAGCGACAGAAAAUCAUACGUGAUCUAUCCAAGGAUGGUCUAUGUGCACUGGCAUAUGACAAUCUUGAUUUCAAUUUCAAGCCAAAGGAGGCCAUGUUAGAAAAUCCUGGUACAUUUGAAAGCAUCACAACUGGUACUUUCAUACCAUUGGGACAUGGCACAACACUGAAUGACUUACGGUUCUCAGAUGAGCUAUGGAGGAAAAGCUCAUUAAAUCCGCAAGGCACAAAGGAUGUCACUCCUUCGCAUCUGCCAUCACAGAAGUAUAUCCUAAAGCGAGUGGGAGAGUCAAUCCCACACAUAGAGCUGGCAAUGCGGUGGUACAUCAAGAGUGUAAUUGUGGAGUACCUUCCUUCGUCAUAUAAGGACCUUCUUGGUCCGAUGCCAUCAUCAAAGUGGAUAGGUGUCGAGAAAUCAACUCAGCAGCCAGCACGUGCAAUGCACAUAAAGGCAUCAUGCAACGAUGGGAAUGUUGAGAUUGUAGAUAAUCUUGAAUGCCAGCUGGGUACAAAAAGUGAAUGGUAUGACUCAUACAUACGUUUAUGCCAUGGUGACCUGGGCACACAAGAACGUCACGACAGCACAACAUUCUUCCAUGCAAUCGAGAAUAGUAGUCAGAAUAGACUACAGUGGCUUGUGACAGUACUGGGGGUAUUCCACAUUCGGAUGGCAGCCAUUGAUGCCAUUUGGAGAACACAUAUUAGUGGACAUGCAUUGCAAUCAAAUGAAGGUGGCACUUACAAACUGUUUCAAACCCUCCGCCCUCGAGACUUCAUGAAACUUAGUAGGAAUCCAAGUUAUCGUAUGCUGAAUGAUGGGAUCAUGCACCUCGUGAAAGCACAUAUAACAGUGUGCUGGGAGCAGGUGCUUGGGAACAGUGAUCUGCAAGGAUUUUCUGAAACCGAACCGGCAUGGGAUACAAUCGAUGAUCUGGCACAUCAAAUCUUUAUCAAGCACUUUGCGGGAAACAACUUCAAUGACUUACGGGAUCUACCCAACUCCAAAUGUGAUAGGAGGCUGGAAAAUCAGCUGCUGUUUAAUCAGGAUGGGCUGAUGUAUGUGUUACUAGCCCAGGCAUCAAACACUGGAGCAGUUGGUUUCAUAAAAGAUCUCCUAUGGAUAUGGGUGCCGAUGUUUCGUGCAUGUGGAAAACAUAAGUAUGUGGCACAUCUCUCCAAAUUCCUUCGAGAUUUAUGCAACACUUACCCUGCAAGGCUGAGCCAUACUAUCAAAAUGCAUUGGUUGUGCGAUCCAACAGGCAUGCCCGAUGGGUUUAGAGGUGUAGACUGGUGGGUAGAAUUGAAUAAUGUCAGAGACCUGGUCGAGACGAAGGAGUGUCUCCAUGGCGGAGGGCUUUGGCCUCAGCGACUUGUGCCAGGAGCGCUGUGCCAAGUAACACUCAAUUUUAUUACUGAAGUGUAA